AUGGCUAAAGGCAAAAAGUCCAGAUCCACCCUCCACUCUGUCAAGAUUCCCAAUGGCAGGCCCGCAGUCCCUCCCAGUCAUUCGUCUGAAUCGCCCAAGACUCCCAAGACUCCCAAGACCCCCGCAGACGAGGGAAUCGACUUCUUCGAGGCUGCAUUCAAGCAAGGAGACAAGCCGAUCCGUGUCUACGAGCUGCAACUAGAUCCUGAUGGCGGUCCUAACAAGGACAGAGCUUACGUGCGUCUUCCACCGGCCUAUACGCCCUACGUCCUUCGUGUUUCCCUCGAUGCAGGAACCCCUGCAUCAAAGAACGGCGUGUUCAAAACCAAUUUUCCCCUUGACGGCGGUCAAUUUGCUCGUGAUCGUUUUGCAGAGCGCAAGCUUCCGACCAACUUCUCAAAGCCUAUUCGGAUCGAUUUACCCAUCUCGCAGGCGGGCGCAUUUGUCUACUGGGUCGAGUACGAUGGCGACACUCCGGGUUCGCGCGUGAAGGGCCGAGAGGGCUACUUCAACAUUGACCCCAUCCUUCGUACUAGGGCGCGUUCACCCAUCCUUUCCUCGGAUGGGUCUAUAUCAGUGAGAGGUGGUACAGUGGGAUCAGGCUAUGUGGACCUCCCUCUUGAUGGUAUCUCCAUCCUGACCGUUGUGUCGAAAUGGAUGGGUCUUACCACUUCAUGGCCCGAAUACUUCGCGGAAGCUAGUGCGAGAGGCUAUAACAUGCUCCACUGGACACCGCUUCAGGAGCGAGGUGAAAGCGACAGUCCUUACUCGAUCAGGAACCAGCUCGUCUAUGAAUCAUCCAUGUUUCCGAGCGGAAAGCAGGACCUUGGAUCGGACGGCGGUAAGGCGAAACUCGAGGAGACGCUGAAGGUCGCCAAGGAAAAGUACGGAUUGUUGAGUCUCAUUGACGUCGUCUUGAAUCACACCGCCAACGAUAGUCCCUGGCUGCUUGAUCAUCCAGAAGCAGGUUACAGCCCCGCGAACACUCCGCAUUUGACUCCGGCCCUUGAGCUUGACGACGCCAUAAUCCAGUUCUCUGCUACACUCUCGUCACUUGGUCUGCCAACCGCUGUGAAGUCGCAGCAUGACAUAGACACUCUGGUCAGUAAAUUCAGGGAAUACAUCAAGAAGCUCGACAUGUGGCAGUACUACGUCCUCGAUGUCUCCGCAGAACGUGGACGCGUAAAAGACGCGUUCAGAAAAAGGAAUGUGAAGGCUUGGACCGGACCAGAUGUUGCGCGCAAGAGUGUCGAGGAGCUCGCAGAGAUCGUCAGGACUUCUGGGCAAAUAUUGGGUUAUCGCAAACUGGAGAAGAAGUUUGGUACUCACGUCGAGGGUCCCGUCGCAGCUGGGUUUGUCAAGGCUGCAUUCGCAGACCUGGAAGACGACGGUAGCGCUCUGGCGGACGCUUGGGUGCGUGUUGUGGAUGUGAUAAACGUGCCUCUAUAUGAAGAGUGGAACGAAGACACAGAGGCCGCUCUAGAUAGCAUCAAGAAUAGGCUGAAGUACACCCGACUAGACGACCAUGGACCAAAGUUGGGACCUAUCACCGAACAAUCUCCAUUGGUUGAGUUGUACUUCACUCGUCUUAACCACAAGGCCGAAAAAGAUCCACUCAAGUAUUCGCUUGCGAACAAUGGGUGGAUCUGGAAUGCCGAUCCUCUCGCCAACUUCGCGUUGCCGCCAUCGAAGGCAUACCUUCGCCGAGAAGUCAUCGUCUGGGGCGACUGCGUCAAGCUGCGUUAUGGUGACGGUCCUUCGUCCAACCCAUGGCUAUGGGAGUACAUGACGGAAUAUGUGACUUCACUCGCACGCACAUUCGAGGGCUUCCGCAUAGAUAAUUGUCACUCGACCCCGCUUCAUGUCGGCGUUAGGCUGCUUGACGCAGCGCGUGCCGCAAAUCCGGAUCUGUAUGUAUGCGCAGAGUUGUUCACCGGAAGCGAGGAGACCGACACGAUCUUUGUGAGUCGGCUGGGCAUCAAUAGUUUGAUCAGGGAGGCUGGGAAUGCUUGGGAUCCGAAGGAGUUUUCUCGGCUGCUCUACCGCCAUGGUCUUGGGAAGCCAGUCGGAUCUAUGGACAGUGCUUGUGUGACGAGCAAGGAAGAACUGCCACCCCCAACGGGCAAAGGUCCGACGCGCGAAUGUCUCGUUAUUCCGCACAACGGCUCCACGCCUCAUGCACUAUUCUUCGACCUCACGCACGACAACGAGACGUACCUAUUCAAGCGCUCUGCGGAAGACGCCCUGUCUACUGGCGCUUUGGUCGCCUUCUCGUACUCUGCGAUCGGUUCGGUGAAAGGCUUUGAUGAUCUGUAUCCGAAGCUACUGUAUCUCGUUGGCGAGAAGCGGAAAUAUGAGAUCACUGGGCUGGGGGAAAGCAGCGGCAUAGCGAAGGCGAAGCAUCUCUUGAAUGCGCUGCACACUGAGAUGGCACUCGGUGGUUACGAGGAGGGACAUGUCCACCAGGAGAAUGAGUACAUCGUGCUAACUCGCGCUCAGCCGGCAACGCAGAAGGGAUAUGUGCUAGUAGUACACACAGCGUUCUCGAAGGGAUCAAAGGACCGUGGACAUAUCACCCCAAUCAAGCUUCGACUGACCAAGGCAAAAUUCAUAUAUGGCGCUAGUAUCGAUAUCUCGUCUUACGAAAUCGACAAUGAUGCCAAGACUCUAUACGGUCUCCCAAGCAAGUUGGUAGAGAUGCCCAAUAUCGUCGUACCCCAAGGUCUCGAUCAUGAAGGGCCUUACUCUGAGAUCGUCGUGCCAGAGUAUUUCCCGCCCGGAAGUUUUAUGCUGUUCGAGACACACCUCCAGAACCUCGAUUUGAGCCUUGACGAAUUCUGCAAAUCUGGCGCGAACGCAGCGUUUGAGGAUCUCAACCUUGUUGACCUCAAUGUGAUGCUGCACCGGGCGGACGGCGAAGAGAGAGACGCUACUGACAGUAAGAUAUCGACCUACGUGAUACCUGGAAUGGGCAAUCUCGUUUAUUGUGGCCUGGAGGGUUGGAUGCACCCGCUGAGACAUAUCAUGCGAUACAACGACCUUGGGCACCCUCUAUGCGGGCAUUUGCGGGAGGGUUCAUGGGCUUUGGACUACGUCCAUGAGCGGUUGUCCGAGCAAACAACCUCGUUCCCGAACUUGGCGAAACCGGCGGCAUGGUUCAAAGAGAGGUUCGAGCGGAUCAAGACAAGCGUGCCGCCUUUCAUGAGGCCGAAAUACUUUGCCAUCGUCAUCUCAGAGGCCUAUAAGGUCGCGCGGCGGCUUGCCAUCGAACAAUGCUCGGAGUUUGUUUUCACUGGGCACUCGUUUACGCAGGAUCUUGCGCUGUGUUCUGUGCAAAUGCACGGACUGGUCAAGUCUGCGUCGCUCGACCCUGGAAAGCCUACACCGUCCCUUGCCGCUGGAUUGCCCCACUUCGCCUCGGGGUGGGCGAGGUGCUGGGGACGAGAUGUAUUCAUCUCGCUCCGCGGUUUGUUCCUCACAACGGGCAACUUUGCCGGUGCGAAGGCUCACAUCUUGUCCUUCGCAUCGACUUUGAAGCAUGGCUUGAUCCCUAACCUCCUCGACUCCGUCCGAAACCCCAGGUACAACUCCCGUGACUCACCUUGGUGGAUGUUGCAAAACAUCCAAGACUACGUGCUUAGUGCUCCGGACGGUCUCGCCUUACUUUCCGAAUCAGUCAAGCGACGUUUCCCGAAGGAUGAUACCUGGGUUGCAUGGAACGAUCCCAUGGCGUACGCCUACUCCAGCACGAUUGCGGAAAUCAUCCAGGAGAUCCUGCAGCGUCAUGCCGACGGAAUCUCGUUCCGUGAACACAAUGCCGGCCCGAACUUGGAUAUGCAGAUGAAAGACGAGGGCUUCAACAUCGACAUCAAGGUGGACUGGAACACCGGUCUCAUCGUGGGUGGUAACCAGCACAAUUGCGGUACUUGGAUGGACAAGAUGGGAGAGUCAGUGAAGGCCGGCACGAAGGGUGUUCCGGGUACACCGCGCGAUGGUGCCCCAGUGGAGAUUACGGGGCUGCUGAAGAGCACGUUGAGGUGGUUGAAUCAACUGUCUAGUGCUGGGAUAUUCCCCUUCAAAGGCGUCGAAGCUGAGAUCGAUGGUAAACGACGGCUAGUCACGUACAAAGAGUGGGAUGACUUGCUGCAGACGUCGUUCGAGCAAUGCUACUACGUGCCAUUAGACGCAGAGGAAGAUCACAAGUACUUCGUCAACCCAGCCAUCAUCAAUCGCAGAGGCAUCUACAAGGAUGUCUUCGGGUCGGGACCGAGGAGAGAGUGGUCGGACUAUCAGUUCCGUCCCAAUUUCCCAAUCGCAAUGACCGUUGCGCCGGAGCUGUUCGACCCACAGCACGCCCUUCAAGCGCUCAGGCUCGCCGAUCAGGUUCUGCGGGGCCCCCUCGGUAUGAAGACUUUGGAUCCCGCAGACAUACAAUAUCGACCAUACUACGAUAACUCAAACGAUGGCACUGAUCCAGCCAUUGCCAAGGGUUUGAACUACCAUAAUGGACCUGAGUGGGGAUGGCCGUUGGGCUACUUCCUUCGCGCUUAUUUAUACUUUGACACGCGUGUUGGCGCCGGUAAAGAGGAUCCCACACAGACGCUCCAUUACCUUCACCGAUACCUUCUCGCCCCGCGAAGCCAUGUCCAACACGAUCCAUGGGCUGGUUUGCCCGAACUCACGAACAGGGAUGGCGAGCUGUGUCGUGAUUCAUGCAACACGCAGGCGUGGAGUGCGAGCACCGUACUUGACUUCCUGCAGGAGGUGCACAAGUUGAGCGCUACGUCUGGGUGA